AUGGCUGCCAUUCACGAGGCCGUCGUUGACUCUGUCAAGAAGCUGGGCCUCAAUGGCACUUCAGAGCACACCAAUGGUGUGAUUAAGGAUGAUUUCAAGGUUCGCACCAUUUGCUGUGUUGGUGCCGGUUACGUUGGUGGCCCUACCGCUGCUGUCAUUGCUUUCCAGAACCCUCACAUCAAGGUGACGGUGGUCGAUCGAGACGAGGUUCGCAUUCGCCGUUGGAACUCGCGCCAUCCUCCGAUUUACGAGCCCGGUCUGCACGACAUUGUCCGCGUCGCCCGCGAUGGCUCCCGCGACUUCACAUUCGCUAAUGAGAGCGCCUCUGAAAGUGAGGUGACCUCUGCCGAAGAGAGCGAGACCUCUGUGUCCAGCCGUCCCGCCAACCUCUUCUUCACCACCGAUGUUGCCAAGAGCAUUGGCGAAGCUGACGUCGUCCUUGUGUCUGUUAAUACCCCGACCAAGGAGCGUGGCGUUGGUGCCGGAAGCGCAACUGACAUGACUGCUUUCGAGGCUGUCACUGCGGUUGUAGCUCAGUAUGCCAGAGAAGGCGCAAUUAUCGUUGAGAAGAGCACUGUCCCUUGUCGAACAGCGCAGCUUGUUGCCGAUACCCUGUCCAUGCACCGCCCCGGUGUCCACUUCGAAAUCUUGUCCAACCCGGAGUUCUUGGCUGCAGGUACCGCUGUCAACGAUUUGCUGUACCCGGAUCGUAUCUUGAUCGGAUCUGCACCUACCCCUUCAGGCAAGAAGGCUGCCGAAGCUCUCGUCAACGUCUACGCUGCUUGGGUCCCCAGAGACCGUAUUCUGACCACGAAUGUCUGGUCAUCCGAGCUGGCCAAGCUCGUGGCAAACUCAAUGCUUGCCCAGCGUAUUUCCAGCAUCAAUUCCAUUUCUGCAGUUUGUGAGCAAACAGGUGCCGAUGUUGACGAGGUCGCCCGAGCCGUCGGUGUUGACCCUCGAAUUGGCAACAAGUUUUUGAUGGCUGGUAUUGGGUUUGGCGGAAGCUGCUUCAAGAAGGAUGUUUUGAACCUGGUUUACCUGGCCGAUACAAUGGGUCUCCCUGAAGUUGGCGAGUACUGGCGACAAGUUGUCAAAAUGAACGAGUAUGCUCGUGACCGCUUCACCAACCGCGUCAUCAAGUGUCUCAACAACACCCUGGUGGGAAAGAAGGUGGCCAUUCUGGGCUAUGCCUUCAAGAAGAACACAUCCGACACUCGUGAGGCCCCGGCGCUCGAGAUGAUCAAAACUCUGCUCGAGGAGCGCCCCAGAGAAAUUGCCGUCUUCGACCCAUGCUGUAACCCGCUGGUCAUCAAGGAGGAAAUCAAGACGCUUCUUGGACCCGUCGCCGCCGGGAACAACAUCUCGGUUUACGGCAACGCUUAUGACGCUUGCAACGGUGCUACCGCUGUCGUGAUUGCUACAGAAUUUGACGAGUUCAGAAACCAACCGGCUCCCAAGCCAGCUCCUGUUCCUGUUGAACAGCCUGCUCCCAAGAUGAUUGGUCGCAAGCCGAACCCCAAGUCCGACCCUCGGCCGUUCAAGACGUCGGCUCCUACGCCAAAUGACUUGCUAGCACUCCACAAGUACCUGGUUCAGCGACCCAGUGAGACUUCAGACGACCCGCUGGACCGAUUCAAUGUCGAGCCGUCAUGCACCGACGACUGCCCCGACUGCAUCCAGGAGAAGCAAAGCAAGAAGACGGGCCAUGCAACGGGUAUGGGUAGCGCCGAAGAGUACAAGGCCAAAGAGCGCAUAGAUUGGGUCCGCAUCUCCGAGACCAUGGCCAAGCCUCGAUGGGUGUUUGACGGCCGUGGCGUGAUUGACUCUAGGGAAAUGGUCAAGCUCGGCGUAAGAGUAGAAAGCGUGGGCCGCCAACACCGAUUCUAA